AAAGUAGAAAGAAAAUGGCGAUUUCUAGUUGUGGAGAAAAGCGAGUGAUGGUGUUAGCGAUGGACGCACAUGAGCAUAGCAACUAUGCCUUGGAGUGGACACUAGACCACUUCUUCACCCCUUUCGGUGCAGAUGCUCCUUACAAUCUUGUUAUUAUCAAUGCUAAACCCUCUCCUCCCCCGGCUGUCACCAUGGCAGGACCUGGUGUCUUAGGUUCUGAAAUAUUUCCUGCCGUAGAAGUGCAGCUCAAACUCAAUGCUAAUCAAAUUGUAGAAAAGGCAAAGCAAAUAUGUGCCAGUAAAUCGGUUGAUGAGGUGACGGUGGAAGUGGCGGAAGGCGAUGCGAGGAACGUGCUUUGUGAUGCUGUGGAGAGACACCGCGCAUCCAUAUUGGUUAUGGGGAGCCAUGGCUACGGAGCUAUCAAAAGAGCGGUUUUAGGAAGCGUGAGUGACCACUGUGCUCGUCAUGCUCAAUGUUCAGUCAUGAUUGUCAAGAGGCCAAAGUUCAGACAUUAAUCAACCUCCUCUCUCAUUUUUAAUUAUUUAUGUACUUUCGCUCUAUUUGUUUAUCCUAUUUUCUAUACUUUUCCAUUCCUUUCAUCUUAUAAACAAAGUAUAUAUUGUCUUAUUUCUCUU